GACUAAACUCUUUCUUUACCUUCUCUUCUAGUCUUAACCAAAAAGAGAAAAAAGGGGGAAAAAAAAUGUCGACCCAUAACCCAACUGCUACAGUUAUUUCAACUCAACAGGAAGUACAGAGUGAGACAAGAAACUGCCAAUCCUUCAGGUCUUACCCUUCACCAACUGCUCAGUUUGAAGAUGUUGUUCAAAGUUCAGACCUUUUCUGGGAAAAGCUUAAAUCUUUUCAUAAAUCAUUUGGCACCAAAUUCAUGGUUCCUACUGUGGGAGGAAAGGCUCUUGAUCUUCACCAUCUUUUUGUGGAGGUAACAUCUCGUGGUGGCCUUGAGAAGGUUGUUAGAGAUCGAAAAUGGAAGGAAGUGAUAGCAGCCUUCAAUUUCCCAUCAACAAUUACCAGUGCAUCUUUUGUGUUAAGGAAGUAUUAUCUAUCAUUACUUUACCACUUUGAGCAGGUCUAUCAGUUCCACAAACAAGUGCCUUCUGUCUCAGUUUCAGGUCAAUACUUUUGGUUUUUCAGUAGUUUCUAUAUGCAUAUAUACGUAAAAAUACUUUUUGCUUUGUUUUUCCCAGAUGAUGUGAAUGGGAAUCUUGUUAAUGGAUCUGCAACUGUAGAAGGUGUUACGGUGAACCAAUUCCCUGGUAGUUCACAAUUGCAACUUGGCUCUUCAGUGAAUGGAACCAUUGAUGGAAAAUUUGAUAAUGGAUAUCUAAUUACUGUGACUUUGGGCUCUGAACAACUUAAAGGUGUCCUAUACCAUAUUCCUAAUGAAUUCUACAUGUCUCAGAGUUCUCAUAACUCAGAUUUACCUCCUCGUCGUCACCGGAAAAGAUCCCGGUUAUUGUUACGUGAUCCCUCUCGGCCCAAGUCGCACAGGAGCGGCUACAAUUUCUUCUUUGCUGAGCAUUAUGCUCAGCUAAAGCCACUACACUAUGGGCAAGAGAAAGUCAUCAGCAAGAAGAUUGGUCUGCUAUGGAACAACCUUACUGAGGCAGAAAAGGAGAUUUAUCAGGAGAAAGGUUUGAAGGACAAGGAGAGAUAUAAGAAUGAAAUGUUGGAAUAUAGAUCCUCUUAUGCCCAAUAGUAUCAAAAUUUUCCCAGUUAGGACAUCGAAUCUCGGUCUCAUGUGCACUUUGUAUUUGCUGCUGGGUGUGUGGGGUUCUAGCCUAGCGUGUUCAUGUUCUGCCUCUUUGUUCUUGAGAAUUCUGUCCCUUCUUGACAAGUAGGAGCUCAAAUGUUGUAACAUAUAUGCUGAACUUUAUUUAUCUAGUCAGUUUGGGUUGAGUAUCUUCAGAUUUGUCCACAAACAGGCUGUGGUGUGGUGCUUGCGGGGCAACCCUGUUUAACUGUUUAUUUUUCUUUUAAAUUUUUUUAUUUUUGAUUUUUCGAACAAUUUUGACCUUCGAAAAAUGGAAAUCUUAGAUGCAAAUCUCAUUUAUAUAUGAAGUCUAAUUAUCUAAA